AUGAAGUUGAUGUUUUUGGCGUUGAUUUUACCUGCAGUCGGUUUUUGUCAAUCAACUGAAAAUCCAGAAGAUCAAACAAUUGCCGGUAACCAAUUAGACUUUCUGAACGAAGAAGAACAACAAAAAGUCAAUGAAAUUUUCGAGCAAAAUCAAGAAAAACCCAGAAAAGAUCUUCGAAAGGCUUUGAAAGUCUAUUCGCUUUCUCUACCUCAAGAUGUUCAAGACAAAGCUCAUGAAGCUAGGAAAGACCUAGACGCCAAAGUUAAAGCUUCUAAAGCUAAGGUCAAGAAGUUGGGAAAAUCACUUCAAUAUUUGUUGAAAAGACUCGACCACUUUAUUAAAAACGACAAAUUGUCAUUGAAGAAGGCGAAGGUGCUGGUCGGUGAAACUUUGAAAAAUGCAAAACCAGAGCUGUUGAAGGAUUAUGAAGAAGCUAACUUGGAUGAUGUUUAUCAGCGUCAUGAACAACAAGUUUUCUAUUUUACUACGAAAUAA